GCAAUGACCAACAACAUCAUCACAUCAGGAUCAUAAAUUUGCGCGCGCAGAAUACAUAAAUAAAAAUACGAAGAAAUCACACUGGUUGCCAUCAGGCAAAUUCAGAAUCCUACACGCCGUUUCAAAUAUCAGCCGAGAGAUUAGUUUACAACAAGCGCUCGUUCGAGGUGGAUGCUCUUGCGAUGCACUCCAUAAAGUGAUAUUCCUCUGAGGUAUCCUAUCAGUAGUUCUUCGGCAGUGUAAUUAAAUUCACAGUGCCGUGUGGAUUUUGCAACUCAUUUGGUGUCAUUUUUUUUUGGCCAAAUUCCAAUGCAAUAAGCGACUAAAAUAUGAUCAGUGUUUGUACUGAGGAUUGUGGUGUUGUAGAUUUGAAAUGAACGAGAGGAAAAUAAAUUGACCGCGAAAAACCCUUCUCGACAUUUUCUAGUAAAAUUUAUGGGAAAUUAAUAAGCCAGCUUUAGUUUCACCAACCCAAUUAAUUACCUACCAAAUUAAUUCUUUUGUAAAAUAAUCAUCACGGAAUCUUCGUCACUUGCAGAGGAUAAUUUAGUUAGAUGGUUUAUUGCCAAGGAAAACUUUCACCAGGAAGACUUGGUGCAUCCAAGAGUCACAGCAGGAGAAUAUUAAUCUUGUGAAAUGACUUGAAAGCUAAAAGUGAAUAAUAUUCAAAAAGGCUAAAUAUAUCACUCCUAUAGAAAGCUUUGAGCGAUUGAAUAUUUAAUAUGUUGAUAAAGAAUUUUCUGAGAUGUUGAACUUGCUUCUAAAUCCGUUGUGGUGUUUACUUCUAUAAAUAAAUGCCGUGAAAUUUUGUGAAAAUCAUCCAGAACUUUGCCCAAAAAAGAAAACACAAAGAGAUAUUUUUUUUUAUAUAUUACCGUGAAAUCCACCAAAAAAUUGGCCAAAAACCGAGUGACACUCAACGCUUCCACAUCGUCUUUCACAUGAGGAAUGGCAGCAAAAAUAUCCCCACCGUCAGCUGUUGAAGUGAAGAAGGAGAUUCCUAACGAUGAUAUUAAGGACUUUGCUGAGACAGCGAUGAAUGAACUUCUGGGUUGGUAUGGUUACGAAAAUAACACCAGUGAUCGCACGAAAGUUAUUAAUUUGAGACAAGUGAGGAGUCAGAGUUCAACGCCAGAACACGACAGUUCCAGAGAAGAUUCCAGGAGUCCAAUGACUGCAUCAGAGAAGGAAGUGAUGGAUUGUGGCUGGUGUCGAAGAUCAAUGGCCCACCACUCACCUGGAUCUCUGGGGACACCUGAUGGACCGCGGUACUGCUCAGAAUCAUGCUUCUCCCAGAGUCGUCGCGCUUCUUUCAAACGCGCCAAAACCUGUGAUUGGUGUCGUCAUGUGAGACAUGCUGUGAGUUAUGUGGACUUCCAAGAUGGGGCAUCACAGCUCCAGUUUUGCAGUGAUAAAUGCCUCAAUCAGUACAAGAUGCAAAUAUUCUGCAAGGAAACGCAGGCCCACCUCGAUAUGAAUCCUCACCUCAAAGAAAAGGGUGUUGGAGGCAGUGGUAACCUUAUUACUCCCGAACUAUGGCUGAAAAAUUGCCGUAGCAGAUCAGUAUCACCAGCCAGCGAACGGAGCAGAUCGGGAUCACCAAUAAGUGUUGGUACUCCAAGCCUGAGCAACGUAGGACCACAACCCCGACCUGUAAUCACUUUAGCACCACCUUCUAAGCUUCUAAACAACCCCAUGCACCACUCUUCUACUACCAAAUCACCCAUUAAAGUUCUCAAGAAGAAAAGACUUACAAGAAUGCAAAGCAUGAGCUCAAACAAUAAUAGUCUCCAGAUGAUGAACAACAAUACCCCAGUUAGUCAGAAACCCUGCACCUUAACAACGAGUGCUCAAGAUCUUCGACUGCAUCCCAUAUCACCUAUUGUGCAGGCUACAACACCCGAAAAAACACCCUCAGCUCCACCUCAGAGGCCAUCUAGUGGUUUUCAGCAUCAUCCCUUCCUGCCUCCACCACCAAAUCUCUACCCCUUGAGAUCCCCUCGGCUUACACCAUCUUUUCCACCUUUUUCACAUCCUCCCAAUGAUAGUAGAGCUCUUCCAUUUGGACCUCCACCACCUCCAGUUACAAUCUUAGUACCCUAUCCUAUAGUUCUGCCUCUUCCUCUCCCAAUACCAAUCCCAAUUCCUUUGGCUCACUUUGCCAAACUAAGUCAGCCCACCGAGACUGCAACUAGUACAAGAGGAUCCGAGAAGCCAGAAACUUCAUCAACGAGACAGCCUGACAGUGAUGAAUGUUCUGAACAGCCGCUUGACUUCACCAAGGCCAGAACUGAGGAGAAGGAAGAUGACGAACCUGAUCCGCCAGAAGAGCUGAAGUUGCCCAAGCUCAAGAUAACACGACUACAGACAAAACGCAAUCUUGCCAAAGAACUUGAAAGCAAUCGACCGCUGAGAAAAAGAAAACGAGUUAUAGACGCCUCCAGCCAUUAGGAGCCUCCUUAUAACCUAUCUAUAAUCUUCAUAAAUCUUCCAGCAGACUUAAAGCCAUUUGAAGGACGAAAUCCGCCGCGUCAUCUUAAUUUAUAUAGAAAGUUUUCAGACUCCCUAUUCUGAUGUCCGUCACGAAAUUUAUCCAGAUUUUUCGGAAUGGUGGUUAUGUGUGUGAUGCCGCUACAGCUCAUUUUUGUGCACUUUUGAGCAAAAUAUUCACAAUUAAACUCAGAAACACCCUUUACGAAAUGAAAAUUGUUGAUAUUUGAUUUACAAGAACGGGAAAUUCGCGAAAAACUAGAGAAAAAUCCGUGAAAUUCAACGCUGUCAUUUCUCAAUCAUGCUAUUGCUCUCGCUCGCACUACUCUCUCGUUCACUCUUUAAUCGCGGGAUAUUUUCAAAAUCAUUUCCGUUAGAUACCCGGCUACAUCAAAUCACCCAAAUUUUCUUUUCUUUGAUACAUGUAUGGUCCAAGGCAAGAAAAUACACCACCUCUUCGUUAUCCGGCACUUCGUUAUCCGGAUGACAGCUGCCAAACACUGACGGUUGAUGUAUUCAAAAAUAUUUUUACUAAACAUGAAGUUUCUCCAGUGUGAAUUAAAGUAUUAUUAUCAUUGUAUCGAAGUUUUUAAUACAUAAUUGUGAUAAAAUAUGAAACAUAAGCACAUCAUAAAGAAAAUUCUCUUGUUCUUUGACAGACAGUAAAUAAAUUCACACUGCACAACAUAUAAAAA